CUUUCUCUCUUUUGUCCUUACCCGGAGGCAGCCGCGGCGACGAUCUGUUCAUCCCGGCGCCAAAACCAAAUCGUCUCUUCCUCGGCUCACUUUUCUCUCGUGUGUUUGAAUCCUUGUCUCUCUUCAACUAGACUGCACCCAAAGAAAGCGUGAAACAGGCGGCUGAAGUGAUUGGUGGUGCAGAGGAAGGCGACAGUGGUUCCGGUAAACAUGGCUGACGAAAGGAGAGCUCACCCUGACUGUAUGAAUGCGGCGAAUCCUUACCAUGAGUGUGUUGAGUACUGCUUCAAGAAGAUUGCAGAAGCCAAAGCUAGAGCAGAUAAAGAAGCAGCAGAGUUCAAGCAAGCUCAAGCUGCGAGUGAUCAAGCCAGUACACGUUCUUCGGAUGAAAGGACAGAUAAACUUGUCGAAAGACCAGAUUCUAACGAUGAUGGUGGUAGUCACAGUGACAAAAAUGACCAAGGCGUGGAGGAAUUUCAGGAAGAAGAUGUUACUAAACUGACUGGAAGGCGGAAAAAGUUGUAUGAGUUGAAGCGUAAGAUGUAUGAGGCGAAGAAAGCCAAUCAAAUGGCAAUGGUGGCUGAAAAGAAGAGAUUGGAACCUCCUCAAGAGUCGAGAGGCAUUUCCAAACAAAAAUGGCUUGAGGAGAGGAAGAGGAAGAUCGGUAAACUUCUUGAUGCAAAUGACUUGGACAUGACAAAGGCAUAUAUGCUGGAUACACAAGAGGCAGCAGAAGUCAAGUACAAGAAAUGGGACAAAGAUCCUGCUCCAUUUGGUUGGGAUGUUUUCAAUCAGAGGACUCUGUAUAAUGCAUAUAAAAAGCGGACAAAGAAUGUUAAUGUCGACCUGGAAGAGUAUAACAAGAUGAAAGAAGCCGAUCCUGAGUUCUACCGGGACGCCUCAAGUCUUCAAUACGGAAAGGCACCAAAGAUCUCAGAGGAUAAGAUUGACAGAAUGGUGAAGGAACUCAAGGACCGGGAUGCGAAACGCGGAUCAUUCAGCCGAAGGAGGAGAUUCCAUGAAGAGAAGGAUAUCGACUCUAUCAACGAUCGUAAUGAGCACUUCAACAAGAAGAUUGAGCGAGCCUUCGGUAAAUACACGCUGGAGAUUAAGAACAAUCUCGAGAGGGGAACUGCACUGCCCGACUAAACUAUGCCGCACUCUCUCAGGGGUGCACUGUUUUGGGUAAGCUUCCCCAAGUACUUCACUUUUUCUGCGGUUAUCUGUGAAUUUGAGCGUUCCCUGAACUUUCGAGUUGGGGGAGGGCUUUUCAAUUUCCUCAACUGAACGAUAGAAUGCAAUCAAUCUCCUCUGAUUUGUGUAUCAUAAAGUACCUUGUCAGUAUUUCUGCACGAUUUAUUUCUUCAUUGGCAUUCUAACUUUAAGCAAGAGUUGUAAUAUAUUUCACAAUCGUUCUCCAAAUUACCAAAUUAUUUUGUUCGAGGUCCUUUUCGCUUAGAAUUCCUCCAUGUUUUGUUUGCCAAAUAGGGGUGGACGAAGUUUUGGUCCA